AAAAGAAUGUCAAACAACCUGAGAUAAAACAGCGAAGAUAGCACAACACGAGGGCUUCAGAGGAGGAACAGAAAAUACGGGAUUCCACAUCCAAAAUUUAGAGUUCUACCAAAAUGAGCUCAGCAACUGUAGAUUUUAUAUCUAUUCCCCUGAAAUACGACGAUCAGGACACUGCUUGUCAUCAAGUGCUGGUAAAGGAGAAUAUUUCCAAAGUAGUUCAUAAACUAAAACCUGCUGGCAGAACGUUGUACGUAUUGAACGUACCUCCGUAUGCUACUCCAGAAUCUUUACAAAAAGCCUUCAGUGUGGUAGGUGCAGUAGCCAACGUUAUUUUACAGGAAAAGCCAUCCGGAGACCAUGAUCGGAACGAACAAUCGAUUAAUAGAUUUAAAGUAGCCUACGUAAUAUACGAAAAUCCAUCAUCGAUGAAAAAAUUUCUCAGAUUGCGGAGGUUAAACCCGUUGAAUGCUGAUGGCCAACUGCUAACGGGCAUCGACAAAUGGACCAAGGCUUAUCAGGAACGUAUUCCAGAUCCGGUUAGCAUGCAGCAGGAGAUUGAUCAGUAUAUGGCUAGCUAUGAUCGGCAGGUUAGUCGCGAACAGCGUGCGCAGGAACCAAAACAGGACGACGAAGGUUGGACGACGGUGACGAAAUCAAGUGCCAACACCUUCGCCCAGCGAGAGGCAACGGUUAGCAAAUUGGAGGACAAAAUGAGCAAUGACCGAAAACAGAAGGAGCUGAAGAAUUUCUACACGUUCCAAAUCCGAGAGUCGAAAAAGAGUGACAUCGUUAGUUUGAGGAAAAAGUUCGAUCGCGACCUGCAGAAGAUGCAGCAGAUUAAGAAAACUAAACGGUUUAAGCCAUACUAAAUUACUGAAUAUAUGCGUUAAACACUUUGUCUAAUUGUCUACUAUAUUACAUUUCUUUACUCAUUACUGCA